CAACUUCUGGCUUGCAGUUAGAGGCAACUAUCAGGAGGAAAGGACGGCGGGAUGUGCCGCCGAGUGUGAGUUAAUGAAUUUACGCCUCUGCUCCUGCCGGAGCGAGCCCGGUCUGUCGCUCCCUAGUUGCUGGACGCCCAUGAAUACACCUGCAUUCGCGUCUCGGCCGUGGGGAGAGGCACGCAGGGAUUCGGUGCGGAGCGGCACGCUUUUGCCAAGUCCUUUCGAAACGGCAAUACCCUUCAAGUUACACCCAAAGGAGAGCGCUUUCUCUUGAUUUCUGAGCGAACGGAUGACCGGGGCGGGUUUUUCUGCCAGUAACCUUCUACCUUUCUAUAUGUGCCUGCGUGUGCGUGUGUGUGUGUGUGUGCCUGUGUAUACAUAUCUAUCUCCCGGAGAGGGAUUAAUUAGCCGGGUUGGAGCUGAAAGAGGCUGCAGUGACGAGCCCAGUGGCGAUUGGCCGCCCGCCUGCCUGGCCCUGCCUUUAUAAUUUCCACACGAGUGCAUCUGGGCUCUUAUACAAACCAACAGCCAGCUUCUUCUGACAUAUACACACACACACACACACACACGGCACUUUUUUCCACCAUCUGAUUAACCACCCCGCGCGCACACACACACGCACACACACAGAGUGAUUACUACGGGAAAACAUAAAUAAAUACGAAGAGGUUUUAUUAUUUUGACUACUGGAAGCCUCGCUGUGUCUCAGUGCAACUUUUGUUUUUCUUGCUGCUGGGGAAGGUGCAGCCCUCGAUGCUUUCCUCUCACUCACGGACCCUUUAAAAAAAGGGGGAGGAAAAAUAUCGCCCCCUCCGGUCCCCCGCCCGCCCCCCCCCCCCGCCUCUCCCCCCCCCCCCCCCCCCCCCCCGCCACACACACUUCAAGACGGCUGAUCUAAAAAAGCAGGAAGAGAGCAUCUGAGGAGCAGCAGCCCCGGCGCAUUUUGAAAAAACAUUUGUUCCAUUUCAGAGUGCGGCAGCCCGUUUCUCCUCUGAAGUUGGCUCCAGCCUUAGCAGCCGCAUUGGAUCCCACAGCCUAUUGCGAGACUCCGGUGUACAAUCCGGAUCUCUGCCCCAACAUGAUCGCGGCCCAGGCCAAGCUGGUGUACCAUCUGAAUAAAUACUACAACGAGAAAUGCCAAGCCAGGAAAGCCGCCAUCGCCAAAACGAUCCGGGAAGUCUGCAAAGUGGUGUCGGACGUGCUGAAGGAGGUGGAGGUGCAGGAGCCUCGCUUCAUCAGCUCCCUGAACGAGAUGGACAAUCGCUACGAGGGGCUGGAAGUCAUCUCCCCCACGGAGUUCGAAGUCGUGCUCUACCUGAACCAAAUGGGGGUUUUCAACUUCGUGGACGACGGCUCCUUGCCGGGCUGCGCGGUGUUAAAGCUGAGCGACGGGCGCAAGCGGAGCAUGUCCCUCUGGGUGGAGUUCAUCACGGCGUCCGGCUACCUCUCCGCUCGCAAAAUCCGCUCCAGGUUCCAGACCCUGGUGGCCCAAGCCGUGGAUAAGUGCAGUUACAGAGACGUGGUAAAGAUGGUGGCGGACACCAGCGAGGUGAAGCUGCGGAUCCGGGACAGGUACGUGGUGCAGAUCACCCCGGCGUUCAAGUGCACGGGCAUCUGGCCGCGGAGCGCUGCCCACUGGCCGCUUCCCCACAUCCCCUGGCCGGGACCCAACCGGGUGGCGGAGGUCAAGGCAGAAGGCUUCAACCUCCUCUCCAAGGAGUGCCACUCGCUGGCCGGCAAGCAGAGCUCGGCCGAGAGCGAUGCCUGGGUGCUGCAGUUCGCCGAAGCCGAGAACAGACUGCAGAUGGGCGGCUGCAGGAAGAAAUGCCUCUCCAUCCUCAAAACCUUACGGGACCGUCACCUGGAGCUGCCGGGCCAGCCCCUGAAUAAUUAUCACAUGAAGACUCUGGUUUCCUACGAAUGCGAAAAGCAUCCCCGCGAAUCGGACUGGGACGAGUCGUGCCUGGGGGACCGGCUCAACGGGAUUUUACUGCAGCUCAUCUCCUGCCUCCAGUGCAGGAGGUGCCCGCACUACUUCUUGCCCAACUUAGACCUCUUUCAGGGCAAACCCCACUCGGCCCUGGAAAACGCGGCCAAACAAACGUGGCGACUGGCUAGGGAGAUACUUACCAACCCGAAAAGUUUGGAGAAACUUUAGAGGGUCGCCGUGACACCGGCCUGACCGAUAGAUCUGCUCAUUUCCCCGCGAAGUUUAAGCUGCCCGUUCGAAAAGUCAAAUCUUUCCACUUGGCAAUGCAAAUAAGGUUCUCUUUUAAAAAGGAAUAUAGCUUAGGCUCUUCACAAAGAACAGCAAAUAAGAACAGCAAGUAUCGUUCCUCUUAUCCUCGUCACAGUUUUGCAGUUCCCCGUGGGAAAAAAAAAAAAAAAAAAGGAGGAAAAAAAAAAGAAA